UUACUCCAUGCACACAUGGUUAUAGUAUCAAAUAAGUAAGUAAAAUUAAAACUAACACAAUAACUAAAUUAACGUGAUGAACUUUUCAGAUUUGCUCAAAAUUGGGUAGAAUCCGGAAUUGUACUCGGACACCUACAGAUUAUUGGCUAUGUUCAGGACCACAGACUUCAAUUAUGUAUCAUAUAUUCAAAUUAUAUUUAACAACUGACAAAAAUGUCCUCGAAAAACCGUCGGAAUGGGAAAAUACGUUAGAGGAAAAGACGCUAAUCCGCGGUGUUGCUCAACGGAAGGGAUGUUCCAGGUAGACGGAUUAAAAUUAACACGCCCCCUAGAAAAAUACCGAAAUUCCCGGGCUUUACAAAUUGUCCACAAUGACAGGAAGCGUUUCAUUGAACUAUUGGCCUCAAAGGGUUGAUCAUCUUUUGUCGAAACUUUUUCCAGUGCUAUCUUCACUGAAGAAAUCGGUAAUAAAGUCAAUAAAAAAAAUGGAGAAUCUGGCUGACCAUGUUUUACCUCAGAUUGACGUUUCGGACAGCGACUUCGUUUUCGAUAAUUGUGAAGAAAGAAGGCAGGCGGCUGACGUCGAUCGUAGCGCGUACACUUGCUACGGAACGUGCACGUUCCAGUCAUCUACUUUUGACGGAUUGGACGACAGUUCAGUCCAUUUCCUCCACAUCCUCUUCCACAUGGACGAGAGGAUAUUGCAGAAGAUUGAUGCUGGACUUGGAGGAAAUGAAAACAGGCUCAUUAAACCCCCGACGGAGGCGCAACCCAGGAUGCACACUGGACGGCCUAAAGGACUGGCGUCCACGUCGGGAGUCAACAAAGACAGGCAUAUGCAUUUCUGUGCAGUAUGCCGAAAAGGUUUCAAAGACCGGUAUGCCCUGAAGGUUCACUUUAGGAUACAUACCGGCGAAAAACCUUUCAUUUGCCAAAUAUGCGCACGUGGGUUUUCUCAGAAAGCCCAUCUUUUAAAACACAGGGAAAUCCACGUGCGACGAUAUCUUAGAAAAACCGCCGGAUUGGGGUUGAACCCAACCGCGGUGUUGCCCAACGGAAGAAUUGUCCAAGAUGUCAAAAAUCAUUUAUUUAACUGUUGUCCUCAAAGGUUUGAACAUCGCUUGUGGAAACCUUUUCCAGUACAAUCUUUUUUCACUGAAGAAAUCGGUAACAACGUCAACACAAAAAUGGAGAAUCUGGCUGAAAAUGUUCUACCCCAGAUUGACGUAAAUGAUAGCGACUUCGUUUACGUUAAUUCUGAAGAUGUGAGGGAGGUGGCUGACGUCAAUAACAGGGCGUACACAUGCUACGCAUGUGACGGUAUGUGCACCUUCCGAACUGAUGGGUUGGACGACAUUUCAGCAAAUUUUCUCCACGUCCUCUUCCACAUGGACGAGAGGAUAUUGAAGACGAUAGAUGCUGGACUUGGAGGAAACGAUCACAGGCAUAUUAAACCCCCGACGGAGACGCAACCCAGGAUGCACACUGGACGGCAUAAAGGACUGGCGUCCACGUCGGGCGUCAAAAAAGACAGAUAUAUGCAUUUCUGUGCAGUGUGCCAAAAAGGUUUCAAAGACCGGUAUGCCCUGAAGGUUCACUUCAGGAUACAUACCGGUGAGAAACCGUUCGUCUGUGAAAUAUGCGCACGUGGGUUUUCUCAAAAAGCCCACCUAUUAAAACACAAGGAAAUCCACAUGGACACUCAGUCCUCAGAAACAAAGGAGAGACCACCACUCCUUUCCAAAAAUAAAUUCCAGUCGCUACGUGGGAAAUCCAACACCACACAACCGAAGGGUUCACUACCUUCAAGUAGCGACACUAGAAGAUACAGACCUCCUCUUGGGAAACCAAAAGGAAAGAAAAAAGUCUCCGCCGAACUACCAAAGCUGGGAGAACCAGGCGGGAAAGACGACCCUCUCAGGAAAGGUCUUAGCGGAGCUAUGACGAAAUGGUACCUGAGGGCCAUAAAAUCAGGGAAAACACCCGAAGAAGCAAUGAAAUUAGCCGAUGAAAGGAAGGCUAAAAUCCAGAAAGAAAAACUGGAGGCACCAUCAUCCAGUAAGAGGGCAAGUGAGCAAUCUCUUACCCCUAAAGAACUGAGGAAAGAAAAGAAAGCAAAGCCUUCCACUCCCCAGGCGCAGUUCAAAGCCAGGGAGGCUGCUUCCAGUGUUAGUUACGCUGGAGCAGCAAAGAUUAUAAGAGUGGCUUUGCUACCAGAGGAAUACCCCCUGUUUGAAGGCAUACACUUCAGGCCAGGAAUGAUGGUCCUAGACUGUCAAGAUGGCAAAACUGUACAAUGGCUACAGGAAAUAGCUCCCAAACUGGAGCUAAACAAAGAAAAGAAACUAACAGUGAGGGUUGGGGAGGAUGUUCCCAAACCUCACUCGAUAGCAGUGUUCUUCCCUAGGACAAAACUAGGAGAAGAACAGAGAACCUUAGCGCUGGUGAAAGCGCAGAAUGAUGGAAUCUGCGCUGAGGAAUGGAAAGUCCACUCAGUGAAAGCGGAGGGGCCUGGGAUUGUCAUGAUCCUGGGCAUCGACGACAUCUCAGCAAAAACGAUAAUGUCAAGAGGACAUACCCUCAACUUUCGUUUCGGAAGGAUCCCUGUUAGGGGCCUGAAAAAGGGAGGGGGGGAGGAGGAUACAAAACGAGAGAAAUCUCACACCUCCACCCCAAUCACCCCCCCAUCCAUUCAAACGGAGCAGGCCCCUACAGCGACGCCUCCACCCACGGAGAUUACCUCCGAAAAUACUGCUGAGAUGGAGGUAGACCAGAUCAUCACAGAGACCGGGACUCCUCCUCCUCUACAGAUGGAGCCAAGAAAUCCGUCGUUGUCCUCCUCGGAGGACACCUCCAAUUCAUUGGCCAUGUUCACGACCACAGACUUCAAUUUUGGUAACAAAGUCAAUAAAAAAAUGGAGAAUCUGGCUGACCAUGUUUUAACUCAGAUUGACGUUUCGGACAUCGACUUCGUUUUCGAUAAUUAUGAAGAAACGAGGCACGUGGCUGACGUCGAUCAUAGCGCGUACAUUUUCUACGGUACGUGCACGUUCCGGUCAUCUACUUUUGACGGAUUGGACGACAGUUCAGUCCAUUUCCUCCACAUCCUCUACCAUAUGGACGAGAGGAUAUUGAAGAAGAUAGAUGCUGGUCUUGGAGGAAAUGAAAUCAGGCAUAUUAAACCCCCCAAAUACAGGCAUAUGCACUUACGUGCAAUAUGUCGCAAGGGCUUUAAAGAACGGUAUGCCCUGAAGGAGCAACAUUUGAGGAUACAUACCGGUGAGAAACCGUUCCUUUGCGAAAUAUGCGAGCGUGGGUUUUCACAGAAAGCCCACCUUUUAAAACACAAAGAAAUCCACUUAUAUCCUAGAGAAACCUUCGGAAUAGGAAAAUACUCUGGAAGAAAAGACGCUAAGCCGCGGUGUUGCCCAACGGAAGGGGUGUUCCAGAUUGUCCACGAUGUCAAAAAUCAUUUAUUUAACUGUUGUCCUCAAAGGUUUGAACAUCGCUUGUGGAAACCUUUUCCAGUACAAUCUUUUUUCACUGAAGAAAUCGGUAACAACGUCAACACAAAAAUGGAGAAUCUGGCUGAAAAUGUUCUACCCCAGAUUGACGUAAAUGAUAGCGACUUCGUUUACGUUAAUUCUGAAGAUGUGAGGGAGGUGGCUGACGUCAAUAACAGGGCGUACACAUGCUACGCAUGUGACGGUAUGUGCACCUUCCGAACUGAUGGGUUGGACGACAUUUCAGCAAAUUUUCUCCACGUCCUCUUCCACAUGGACGAGAGGAUAUUGAAGACGAUAGAUGCUGGACUUGGAGGAAACGAUCACAGGCAUAUUAAACCCCCGACGGAGACGCAACCCAGGAUGCACACUGGACGGCAUAAAGGACUGGCGUCCACGUCGGGCGUCAAAAAAGACAGAUAUAUGCAUUUCUGUGCAGUGUGCCAAAAAGGUUUCAAAGACCGGUAUGCCCUGAAGGUUCACUUCAGGAUACAUACCGGUGAGAAACCGUUCGUCUGUGAAAUAUGCGCACGUGGGUUUUCUCAAAAAGCCCACCUAUUAAAACACAAGGAAAUCCACGUGCGACGAUAA